GAGAGAGAGAGAGAGAGAGAGAGAGAGAGAAUAAUUUAUUUUAAACUAUUAAUUAAAUCAUACAAUCAGGUGAUCUAACUUUACUAUCUCUAAUCAUUUCAAGAAGAGCUGGAGAGAGAGAGAGAGAGAGAGAGAGAUAACGGGAGAGAGACCCUGAGAGAGAUAUAGAGACACAUAUAGAGAGAGAGUGAGUGUGUGUGUAUAUAUAGAGAGUGUGUGUUGAUGCGGUGGUGGUGGUCGAGAGCUCUUGAGUGUUCCUGCAGUCCUCCUCCUGAUGUGGGAUCUGUAGUUCUCGCGCUGAUGAGCUGGUCAGGAGAGUUUGGGGGUCACUGAAGGUCACCAGAGCUGCGUUUGGAGAUGGAGAUGUGGAGACAGUGUGCGGGAUGGCUGAUCCAGUGCAGAGUGCUGCCCGAAAACCACAGAGUCACCUGGGACAGCGCUCAGGUGUGUGACCUGGCCCAUGCGCUCAGAGAUGGGGUUCUGCUCUGUCAGCUGCUCAAUAACCUGCUGCCACAGUCGGUGAAUCUGCGCCAGAUUAACCUGCGGCCCCAGAUGUCUCAGUUCUUGUGUCUGAAGAACAUCAGGACGUUCCUGUGUGCGUGUCUGGAGAAAUUCGGCAUGAAGAAGAACGAGCUGUUCGAGGCCUUCGACCUGUUUGAUGUGCGGGACUUUGCCAAGGUGAUCGACACUCUGUCCAUCCUCUCACAGUCACCACUGGCCAUUCAGAGAGGAUUUAGGCCGUUUCCAGAUGAAGCUUGUGUUGGAGACGACGACAUUUACACCGGCCUCUCAGACCAGAUCGAUGAUACGGUGGAGGAAGACGAUGAUCUCUAUGACUGUGUGGAUGAAGAUGCGGAUGAAGGAGACGAUGUUUAUGAAGAUCUGAUGAGGACAGAGGAGCCAGAGACACAGCAGAAGGUUGAAGUGGACAAGAGGAGCUGCUGCCUGCAGGAAAUCAGACAGACUGAGGAGAAAUACACACACACACUGGAGUCAAUACUGCAGCACUUUCUGAAGCCCCUGCAGCCUUUCCUGCAGCCGGUGGAUGUGGAGAACAUCUUCAUCAACAUCCACGAUCUGGCCUCCACCCACCGCUCGCUCUUCCAUCAGCUGCAGACCUCCAUCCUGCAGGAGGGAGCAGAGACGCUCUAUCAGAUCUUCAUCGACUACAAGGAGAAGCUGUUGCUGUACGGCCGUUACUGCAGUCAGGUUGAAGCCGCCACCAAACAUCUGGACAAAAUCACCAGCAGCAGAGAAGACGUGAAGAUGAAGCUAGAGGAGUGUUCGAUGAGAGCAAACAGCGGCAGGUUUACACUGCGAGAUCUGCUGAUGGUUCCCAUGCAGAGAGUGCUCAAAUACCAUCUGCUGCUGCAGGAGCUCAUGAAACACACGGUGGGCCAACAGGACAAGGAAAACCUGCGCACAGCACUGGAUGCCAUGAGGGAUCUGGCUCAGUGUGUGAACGAGGUGAAGAGAGAUAACGAGAUCAUCCGUCAGAUCACAACCUUCCAGCUGUGCAUCGAGAACAUGUCUCAGUCUCUGGCUUUAUACGGACGACCAAAGAUAGACGGAGAACUGAAGAUCUGCUGCCCUGAGAAGAGGUCCAAACAGGACAGGUACGGGUUCCUCUUCGAUAAGGCUCUGCUGGUGUGUAAGAAGCGCAGCGGGGAGAAUCUGGAGCUGAAGGAACUGAUUGAGCUGCAGCAUUUCCAGCUCAGAGACGAAACAGCAGGAGAACGAGACAACAAGAAGUGGACACACACCUUCCUGCUGAUGGAUAUGUACGGUCAGGGCGGAUAUGAUCUGUACUUCAAGACUCGAGAGCUGAAGAAGAAAUGGCUGGAGCAGUUCGAGAUGGCGCUGUCUAACUUGUGUCCGGAGAACAGCUCAGCUAACGGCCACGACUUCCAGAUGUACUGUUUUGAAGACACCACCUCCUGUAAAGCCUGUCAGAUGCUGCUCAGGGGGAUCUUCUAUCAGGGCUACCGCUGCUCACGCUGUAGGAUGGCGGCUCAUAAAGAGUGUCUGGGUCGAGUUCCUGCAUGCGGACGAAACUCCGAACUCUCCGGAACCAUGAAGAAGAGUAAAACCAUGCGUGUAACUCAGAGACAGACUAAACCAGGUCUGCCGAAGAUGGAGGUGUGUGUGGAUUAUUACGGUCUCCCUCCGCCGCCGGGGUCGUUCGGGUCACCGCUGUUGCUCACAGCUGGAGACGUGGUGGAGCUCACACAGGCGGAGGCGGACAUGCAGUGGUGGGAGGGCAGGAAUCUGAGGAUCGGUGAGGUCGGCUGGUUCCCCUGCAGUAAAGUUCAGCCGUUUGUGCCCGCGACACCUCCAGAUUUAUCAGGACUGCCCUGGUUUGCGGGCAGCUUGGACCGCUCCGGUGCGAAGGCUCUGCUCAACUCUCGCUCUGACGGAACAUUUCUGGUGCGACAGAAGGACGCCGGAGAGUUCGCCAUCAGCCUCAAGUUCAACAUGGACACCAGACACAUAAAGGUGACGUACUCAGAGGGCCUGUACAGAAUCAAUGAGAAGAAGGCCUUCAGGGGGCUGUUCGAGCUGGUUCAGUACUAUCAGGAGAACUCACUGAAAGAGUGUUUCAAAGACGUGGACUCCAGACUGCAGACGGCGUACAAACAGCCUGAGCAGAGCACAGCGGCUCACAACAGCAGCUUACAUGGCACAGGUGCGAGUGAGCGUUAUUUUGGCACAGCUAAAGUCCGCUAUGAUUUCUCUGCGCGCGAUCGCACUGAGCUCUCUCUGCGGGAAGGAGACACGGUCAAGAUCAUCUCCAAGAAGGCUCACAACGGCUGGUGGAAAGGAGAGGUGUAUGGCAGGGUCGGCUUGUUUCCAGCUAAUUAUGUAGAGGAGGAGCAUUCAGACUAUUGCUGACCAAUCAACAGCUUCAUCACUGAACACACACACACACACACACACACACACACACACACAGCUGCAGAUCGUCAGUAAUUGAGUGGAUGUAACGAGUUUCUUCUGUUUUAAAUAAAAAGUUCUU